CUCCACCUACACUUAGUUGAUGUAUGCCCAUGCAUUUGCGUAGUACUAGCAGUCGUGGAGACUAGUCUGCAACUGGUACUGCUUUCUCGACAGAGAAAUAAAGUUAAAUUCUAUUGAUGUGCAGCGUGCAAACGGCCGCCAUGUGAGUAGCUGCACACAGCACAUGCCAAGACCAAAAGAUGCCACCUAAAGCAAAGAGCAGUCCUGGUGGCAAGAAGCCUGCAGCUUCGCCGAAGAGUCCUGCAUCGUCACCAAAAAAUGGAGCCGGGUCACCUAAAAAUGGAGGUGGAGGGAAGAACGCGGGUGCGAAAGCAAAGUUAAGAUUGCUCUUGAUGAUGAUAAAGCUGAAUCGCGUACUGCUUCGUGAUAGAAGUAUCUUUGUAUUCUUUCAACAUGUCUGUUUUGCCUUCUAAACGGAUUUCAUAUUUGAAUUUGUUGUCAGGAUGAUUAUGAUUUUUCGUCUUCACUUGAUGAUGAUACCUUAAAAUAUUAAAAAUCUACUUCAAUCCUUACAACGACUUUUCUCUCGCUGCAUCGAAACUUAGCAAAUGAAUGUUAUAUAAAUCGCCGUCGUGGUGACUUUCUAAAACACGCGAAAGCUGCUCCCACUGCACCAGAGCCUAAAGGGAAAGCGAAAGCGAAGUCGAGCAUUAAAAGACAAAAUACUGCGCGACUCGUCCCUUAUACAGGAGAUGACGAAGACCGAUGGGGGCAUGCAGGGUUCAUGUUGGAGAAGAAGUAUUCAGUUGAAGAUACAACUUUUUUUUUGAAUUUUUGUUCUUGGUCUGAAUGACAUGCAGGAUGUGGGUUGAUUAAUAUUUAUUAAUAUGGAGAAAAAAUUAAAGAUUAAAAAAAAGUUGCCUUAUGUUGGACCAAGCCAACUCGGUACAUUGUCCUCAUACCUCUCAUGCCCUUCUUAAAAAACUCACAAACUACAGGAGCAACUACGAGAAGUUACAGGAGGACCAUCUCCGUUUUCGGACGCAAUACCAGCCAGACAGUUCACUCCUCACUUAUGAGAGGUUCCCCAAUCCCCGCUACUAGCUGAUAAGAGGGAAUAGUGCAACCCGCCCAAGAACUUCUGAUACAUUUUUGGGAGUACUACUUAGAUAGCAGUACGUAGUUAUGAAGUAUGAACACGGAGAAGCCUGUAAAGUUGAUAUUGAUUAGUACGUUGUUGUCGAGGAAUAAGACACUUAGUCUAGUCUAGGUGUUGGUAUGCUGGCCAAUGAUAGACUCACGGUAAUGUAAAGAAUAAGAAACUGCUUCUUGUUCUAACCUUCCCUCGCGCAAUUUCCGAAGGGAUCGGUCUACAUCGACCCACACCACAUCUCCAUUAUCGAUCAGGCUAAUGCGUUGGUGAUGCAGGAUCGGGAGGAUGUCAAUCAGAUAGGGUAAGUUAUCUUGUUUGUUACGAUGGUUUUUCUUUAUUUUACUGUAAUUUCAGAAGGUUUUCAUUUGCUUCGGCUUCCUUGCUAGCUUCUGGAUUUGGUGACGUGAUGUGUGCAUCUGCAGCUUCCCGUCGAAUCAAUUUGAAAAGCGAAUGACUUCUAGGCACAUUGUGAAAACCUACACCGCAAAUUCCAGGUUGUACAAAAACAUGACUCCUCUUCAGUCUUCAGAUGAUCUAUAAUCACCUUGAAAUGCCUUGACGAGGUACAAAAACAUGACUCCUCUUUACAUGGCGGCGCGAACUGGCAAUGUCGAGAUGGGGGCUUAUUUGUUAGAGCGUGGAGCCCGUUUGGACAUGGCUGACGCAGACGGAAUGACGCCUCUACACAUAGCGGUUCUGAAAAAGCAGUCUUUGGCGACCGUGCAUACACUCUGCAACAAAGUAACAGGAAACCGCGAAUACCUGAUAAGCAAACGAAACAACGGUGGAUUUACUCCACUUCAUUUGGCUUUAUGAAUGAGAUGAGUAUUAGAUAGAAGAAGAACAUGUCGGUAAGAUGAUAGUGAUAUACUAGAGUAGUUUAUAGAACGGAUGUAGGAUGGACUUGGAUGGAUCGGAUGGACCCCCCUGAUUCUUCCGAUCCUACUUGAAAUGGUGGAAAGUCCAUCCGUUCCAUCCGAUCCAUCCCAUCCCGGAUCUGGCACCCCUAUAAACUGCUCCAUGAUAUACAACGUUGAUGAACAUGUUGAGCAUCCCUGUUGAAACAAGUAGUGCUUAAUCGUCCAGAAGAACGUCGACCACGCCCUUGUUGAGGUCUAUGUAUUGCGGCUUCUGUACCACGAGGAACACCCAGAUUUCCGUAGUAUCUAGGAUUACGGCCGUCAUGUCCCUUUUUCAUUUCCCGUGCUCAAUUGCGAUCGGCCUAUGAUCAAGCUAUUAAUUGAGAUGGAGGCUGACCCUUUAGAGCGAAACGAGAUUCUCAGCAACGAUACUGCUCUGCAUAUGGCCGUCCGAGAAGACCGGCAGCCGCCAGAAUCCCACGAGGUGAUAGAGGAUCUGCUAUUCAGUGUCUACAAAAGUUAAGGCUAUUUUCUUACUUCUAUGUAUCCCAUGUGCUGUGGAAGUGGAGUAUGAAUCAUGCUCCUUAGGCUGAGUCGAGGAGUCCCGCCUUCAGAUGGAAAGGGGAAAAUGAUGGAGAACAGGGGCAUCUCACUCAACUAGGCUCGCAGAGUGAAAUUCUAGCGCUAAAAAAGAGCCAAAAAAUUCGAGGAUGAAUUUCAACCUGACGAAGCCAAAGCCCUGAUGAACCCUCAAAACGCGCAUGGGGACACACCCCUGCACGCCGCUGGUUUUCAUCGUGCGGUAGAGAUACUCUUGACGUAUCAUUGUGCGGGAAACAUUCAGAAUCAUGAUGGAAAAUACCCCUUUGAGGUGUGCAGAGCGGGGCCAACUGCACGAGCUGUUUUGUUACGAACAUGAAGUAGCUGGUCCCAUAAUUCUCUCUCCUAAUAUCCCACUCCCACUCUAAUCCGCAAUUCCCUGUUACGAAAGGCGCCAUUGAGGAGACGGACGGACUUGCGAUUCGACCUCCCCACAGUCGACAAUGCUUUGCGCUUCGAACACAAACAAGAUGUGCAUAAGAAAUUCACGUUGUUGUAGUUGUUUAGGUCGUGAAGUUGCAAAGAAGACUGUAGCGAUCGGGUAGAAAGAACCACACGAAGUUACUAGUAGUAACCUGUACAUAAAAUAACCUCCUGUACAUAAAAUGAGUCAUGAUGUAGAUCAAAGCUAGUACUAAUAUUGUUGACUUACUACACAUUUGUUCUUGAUCAUGCCAUUGUCUCGUUUCGUCUUGAAGAUUACCAUUGUCUUUGCCAUUGCUAUCCUCGUAUGAGUUCAUCGAACUUUUGUUUCAAUUGUUAUAUACCACGUCGACCAUCAAUUACACAAUCACAAUGUCAUAACAUGCCCAAUGAAAUUAACAUUUUCGUUUUUCAUCCGAAAUUAGCCAACAUCCAACUACCUAAAUUCUUGCAUCGAUUUUUUAUCACAAUGUCAUAGUGAUUGUUGCUAUGAUUCGUUUAAGUUUUGAUUCUACAUCUACUUGCAUCCAUCUACUUGUCAUUCAUAGCCAAAUACAACGUAAAGGCACUUACAUCCAUCUGCAUGACAUCCAUAGAAAAAAGGAUGCCAACGCAACUUCUGCACUCUUCAGAGUCGACUGAUGACAUCAGCUUCAGCAAUAUUCUUUCGC